AUGGGAUCCUCCGCUGCGAUGCCUCUCCACUCACUUCUCCUCCUGUGCGUCUCUCUCGCAGGUUUCUCCCUAGCGCAGCCGGACAGCUCCGGGUUGUUUUACGCGCUGAGGUCCGACCUGUCCGAGGACGCGAUCCUCGUCGCCAACAACGGAGUGCGCGUCGCUUUCGGGAGAUCCGUGUUCAUCGACCCCAUCAACGAUCUGGUGAUCCAGACGCAGCCCGGGGACCGGUGCAGCAUCACGGUCCUGGACAACGACCCGCUCUCCCAGAGACCCGGGCAUCUGUCCCCCAAAAACUUCCUGUGUGAUUUCGGUCCCAACGACGUGACGUACUCCCACUACGGCUCCAGGAGUCCGGCGAUGGACCGCGUGAGGCUGCAGCUCAGGUACGACGCGCCCACGGAGACCGUUAUCAUCCCCUUCAUGAUGGAGGUGGAGGUAGUUUUUACGCAGCUGGAGUUACUCACCAAGAACAUGCCUCUCACCGUGGACCACCUGAGGGGCAUCAGCCACCCCAUUGAUAAAAAGACUCUGGAGUUCACCUAUGACAGAGCAUCUCAUCGCUGUGAGGUGGCCUCCCUGUCCAGCGGCAGCGCUCUGCCCAGGUAUGGACGACUCAUCGAUGGGGGGAAACUUUCCAAAAUGAUGGACUGUGAUGACUUCACGCAGGCGGACAUCCGCUACGAGCACACGUUUCAGCGCCAGUCCCCCAACCGGGACUACGUGCCCAUGGUGGUGGAGCUGCACGAUAAGGAGGGCAACCUGGAGAAGCAGGAGUACUUCCAUCUGAUGAUCCGCAUCAAACAAGGGGAGGAGAACACCCCCCCCAAGCCCAGCUUCGUGUCCAUGAUGAUGAUGGAGGUGAGUCAGUUUGUCAUGAGCGCCCUCACCCCGGAUAUGCUCGCAGCAGACGAUGCAGAGUCCGACCCGGAUGAGCUUAUCUUCAACAUCACCUCCCCCUUAUCGUACGAGGAGGGCUACAUAGUGAGCACCGACGACAGGAACCUCCCCAUCACCUCCUUCUACCAGAGGGACCUGCGGGAUCUGAAGAUCGCCUACAAGCCCCCGGCCCUGGACUCGGAGACGGAGAGGAUUUUCCAGCUGGAGUUUGAGGUGGUGGACACGGACGGCGCCGUGUCGGACCCCUUCGCCUUCAUGAUCGUGGUGAAGCCCAUGAACUCCUUGGCGCCCGUCGUGACACGCAACACGGGCCAGCUGCUGUACGAGGGCCAGUCCCGGGCGCUCUUCACCAGCCACAACCUGGAGAUCGCCGACGAGGACGACCUGGACGCGGUCACCAUCACCGUGGUGGACGGGCUGCGGCACGGAGACCUCACCGUGUUGGGCUCCCUCAGCAAGUUCUUCACCCCCGCGGAUCUCACCACGGGAGUUGUGGUGUACCAGCACGACGGGAGCGACACCUACAGCGACAACAUCGUCUUCAAGAUGUCGGACGGGAAGAACGAGGUGGAAUUCCUUUUCCCCAUCACAGUCGUUCCCACCGACGACGAGCCACCGAUUAUAAACGCCAACACGGGCCUGGUGCUCUUCAAGAACCAGAUGAUGCUGAUUUCUCCCCUCAUGCUCAGUGCUGCUGAUAUUGACUCUGAGGACUCGACUAUUAAGUUCACCAUCGUCCCCCCCCUCUCCACAAUCGGCACGGUGCUCCUCAGGCAGUCGGACGCCCCCGAGGAUCCCUCGUCCUGGAAGUUCAACGCCGAAGAUGAGGUGUACGAGAAGGAGGUGACAGAGUGGCUCCAGAAAGACAUCACCGACGGGAAGCUGUUCUACAAGCACACAGGCCCUCACAACACAGACACCAUCAUGGAUCAGUUUGUGUUCACAGUGCAGGAUGACAACGACCCCCCUAAUGAGUCCGGGGAAAAUGCGUUUAUGAUCCGAGUGUUGCCCAUCGACGACGUCCCCCCGGUGCUGUUCCCCGGGACCACCCUGCAGAUGACGGUGCAGGAGUACAAGCUCACUCACUUCAGCAAAGAAGUUUUGCGCUACACCGAUUUGGACUCUGAGGACCGGGACCUGAAGUACACAGUCGUCCAGCCGCCGACGGACACAGACGAAAAUAACCCGGUUGUGUUCGGUUCUCUGGUUCUGACGGACAGCCCGGACACCGAGGUCACGGAGUUCACGCAGGCUCAACUCAAUCAUCACAAGCUGUCCUACGACCCGCCGGAUGUGGAGCUCGGGAUCACGGCUCACGUGGUGCAGUUCCGUUACACCGUGGAAGACACAGCCGGGAACAGCGUGGAGGGGGCGUUCACCAUCUACCUGCAGCCCGUCAACAAUAAACCCCCGGAGAUCACAAACACCGGCUUCACUGUGUUCGAACGUGGCAUGCACAUCAUCACGCUCGCCGAGCUGGACGCCACGGACCCGGACACAGAGAGCAAACAGAUCACCUUCGCUCUCAGCCAGCUGCCCAAACACGGCCAGGUCCAGGUUGAGUUCACGGACUUAGAGAAAAAAGGGAUUUUCAGACUUGAGGACGUCUCCGAGGGGAAGAUAUCGUACGUUCACGGCGGGGAGGAGACGGUGAGCGAUGACUUUCAGCUGGACGUAAGCGACGGGUUCCAUGUUGUAACCGUGACGGUGAAAGUGAAUGUGAGGCCCGUGGAUGAUGAGACUCCCACCAUCAGUCUGCCUGCGGGAACCAUCGGGUCUCACAUGGACGUGCUGGAAAACGGAGCCACAGAAAUCACCACUAACGUCAUCCAAGGCCACGAUGACGACACCGAUGACCUCGAGCUGACCUUUAUCGUGGAGGACGCUCCACUGAUGGGCGAUAUAUUGGUUAAAGGAGUGCCUGCCACCAGGUUUACACAGGCUGACAUUAUUAACGGUGUGGUGGUGUACGCACACACCAGCGGGGAGAUCGGCCUCGCCUCCCAGCACGACGGCUUCAAUCUGACUCUCACAGACAUGUCUGAUGAUUGGACGGUGGGGGGGAAUAAGGUCAACGGGGUCCAAGUUCGAGUUACUAUUCUUCCCGUUGACAGCCAGGCCCCUGAGGUCGGAGUCGGGAUUCAAUUUAGUGUCCUGGAAGGAGAGAAAUACGCCAUCGGGCCCCAGCACUUGGAUGCAGACGAUAAUGACACUCCGACAGAUGAUAUCCUUUGCACCAUCAUCGUCCAGCCGACCACUGGCUAUGUGGAAAAUAUAUCACCGGCCCCAGGCUCAGAAAAAUCCAGAUCAGGGACUGCUAUCAGUGCUUUCACCAUCAGAGAUAUCAGAGAGAGGAACGUCUACUAUGUGCAGAGUAUCCACAAAGGAGUGGAGCCGGUGGAGGACAGGUUCACGUUCAGGUGCUCGGACGGCAUCAAUUACUCAGAGAAUCACUUCUUCCCAAUAGUUAUCAUCCCUGCGAAUGAUGAGAAGCCAGAGAUUUAUCUGAGAGAAAUAGUCGUCAUGGAGGGAAUGAACAUCGUCAUCGACACCCCGAUUCUGAACGGCGCGGACGCCGAUAUUCCACCUGAGGAGCUGAUGUUCAUCAUCUCCAAACCGCCCAAGCACGGCGUCAUUCUGAACCAGCUCCCCACGGGCUCGGUCCUGGUGACUAAUUUCACCUUAGAGCAGAUUAGGGAGGCGUCAAGCAUUAUUUAUGAGCACGAUGACUCAGAGACAACAGAGGACAGCUUUGAAGUGACUCUGACCGACGGAAAGUACUCUGUGCAGAAAACUGCCGUGGUCAUGAUUAUUGCAGUCGAUGACGAGACGCCCAGGAUGCUCAUUAACGACGGCCUGGAGGUGGAGAUCGGUGAAACUAAAGAGAUCAACAACAAAGCGCUGAAGGCGACAGACUUGGACUCAGACGACAGCUCACUCGCAUACAUCAUCCGGUUCGGGCCUGGUCAGGGUCUCCUGCAGAGGAGAACUCCCUCCGGGGCUUUGGAGAACAUCACACUGGGGAUGAACUUCACACAAGCUGAUCUGGAUGCCGGGCUCUUGAUUUACACACACAACGGACAGGAGGGCAUCCGAGACCUGGUCAAGUUUGACGUCACAGACGGGAUGAACCCGCUAAUCGACCGUUACUUCUACAUCACUGUGGGCAGCAUCGACAUGGUGUUCCCUGAUGUGGUCAGUAAAGGUGUGUCCCUGAGGGAAGGUGGCAGAGUGACCUUGACCACAGAUCUUCUCAGCACCACCGACCUCAACAGCCCCGAUGAGCACCUGGUCUUCACGGUGACCAGGGCCCCUGUGAGGGGCCACCUGGAGUGCACGGACACCCCCGGGAUGCCCAUCGUGUCUUUCACUCAGCUGCAGCUGGCCGGCAGUAAGGUCUACUACCUCCACACCUCAGACGACGAGGUGAAGAUGGACAGCUUUGAGUUUGAAGUCACUGACGGCUACAAUCCCAUCUUCAGGACAUUCAGAAUCUCCAUUGUGGAUGUUGACAAUAAGAAACCCGUCGUGACUGUGAAUAGUCUGUUCGUCACCGAGGGGCAGGUUAAGCUGAUUACGCCGUUUGAGCUCACGGCUGAAGACCAGGACACAUCUGAGAAGAUGCUGAGAUUCACCGUCACCCAGCUUCCUGUUCACGGUAAACUCCUCUACAACCAGUCCACACCCGUCACCAGCUUCACAAAACAAAACCUGAACGAAAACCUCAUCAGCUACAAACACGACGGCACGGAAUCAUCAGAGGACUCCUUCUCCUUCACUGUCACCGACGGCACGCACACUGACUUCUAUGUUUUCCCCAACACUGUUUUCGAGACUCGACACCCUCAAACGAUGAAGAUCACCAUCGUGUCGCUGGACAACGGCGUCCCUCAGAUCGUGGUGAACAAAGGAGCCCCCACUUUGAAGAUCUUGACCACGGGUCACCUGGGGUUCCCAAUCAGCUCCAAAGUGCUGAGGGCGGAGGACAGAGACAGCAGCCCGGUGUCCCUGGUGUUCCACGUCACCACGGCGCCCAAACACGGUUACAUCAUCAACCUGGGACACGGGAACAACUCCAUCAACACGUUCACACAAGCUGAUGUCGACGACCUGAACAUCUGCUACGUGCUGCGGAACGAAGAGAACGCCACAUCCGACCUCUUCCAUUUCUCUGUCGAGGACAACGGUGGUAACAAGCUGAAGGGACAGAAGUUCCGAUUGGACUGGUCCUGGAUCUCCCUGGAGAGAGAAUACUACGUGGUGGACGAGGAGGACAAGUAUCUGGAGGUGGUGCUGAGACGGAGAGGCUACCUGGGAGAGACGUCCUUCAUCGGCAUCGGCACCCAGGACGGCAGUUCGAAGAAGGACGAGGAUUUCAAGGGUAAGUCCCAGAGGCAGGUCCAGUUCAACCCGGGGCAGACCAGAGCCACGUGGCGGGUCCGGAUCCUCACUGACGGGAAGUACGAGCAGGCCGAGACCUUCCAGAUUUUGCUUUCCGAGCCGGUGAUGGCAGUGAUGGAGUUCCCCCCCACAGCAACAGUGGAGAUCCUGGACCCCAGCGAUGAGUCGACUGUGUUCUUCCCCGAGCAGAGCCACUCGGUGCAGGAGGACGUCGGGGAGCUUUUCAUCCCGGUGCACCGCAGCGGAGACAUCAGCCAGGAGCUCAUGGUGGUCUGCUUCACACAGCAGGGAUCUGCCUCGGGAACCAUCCCCACCACCGUCCUGUCCUACUCAGACUACAUCUCCCGUCCGGAGGAGCACGGCAGCAUCCUGCGCUUCGACAAGGGCGAGCGGGAGAAGCUGUGUCGCGUGAUGAUCAUCGACGACUCUCUGUACGAGGGAGACGAGAGCUUCAACGUCACGCUGUCGCUGCCCGUCGGGGGACGACUGGGAAAACACUACCCCACCUCCAGGGUCAACAUCUUGGAGGACAUGGAUGACGCUCCAGUGUUUUACUUUGGAGAGUCACAGUAUCAUGUGGAUGAGAGUGACGGGUACGUGGAGGUCAAAGUGUGGAGGACGGGAACCGACCUGUCCAAGUCCGGCACAGUCACGGUCCGCUCUCGCAAGGCCGAGCCUGUCUCUGCGGAGGCCGGCAUUGACUACGUGGGCAUCAGCCGGAACCUGGACUUUGCCCCGGGCGUCAGCAUGCAGACCUUCAGGGUCUCCAUCCUGGACGACCUGGGACAGCCGGAGCUGGAGGGGACCGAGAGCUUCGAGCUGGUUUUACGGAUGCCAGUGAACGGCAUUCUGGGAGAACCCGGGACGGCCAAAGUCUUCAUCAACGACUCUGUGUCUGACUUGCCGAAGGUCCAGUUCCGCGAGCCGGUGUACACUGGAGAGGAGAGCGACGGCCAGAUCUCGGUGACGGUUUACCGCAGCGGUGACAUCACACACAGAUCCACCGUCCGCUGCUACACCCGUCAGGGCUCCGCGCAGGUCGCCUCCGACUUUGAUGAACGGCCCAACACGGACACAUCCAUCAUCACUUUCUUACCAGGCGAAGUGGAGAAGCUCUGCGUUCUGUCACUGGUUGACGACACGGUGUAUGAAGAAGGAGAGGAGCUGCGGCUGGUCUUAGGAAACCCGAAGAGCAACUCCCAGUUCGGUGCGUCAGUGGGAGUCCUGAAAGAGACCCUGGUGAAGAUCCAGGACACAGCUGACAAACCCAUCAUCCGCUUCUUGGAAACCAAGUUCAGUGUUAGUGAACCGAAAGAGGCCGGCACCGUGGCGACCGUGAGGAUCCCUGUGGUCCGAGUGGGGGACACGUCCAAGGUGUCGGUGGUCCGGGUUCACACCAAGGACGGGUCGGCCGUCUCCGGAGAGGACUACUUCCCCGUGUCUCAAGACAUUGAGUUCCGACAGGGGGACAAGGAGCAUGUGGUGGAGGUGGAGGUUCUGUUCGACGGCAUCAGAGAGAUGAGAGAAGCCUUCACUCUCCACCUGAAGCCUGAUGAGAACAUGGUGGCUGAAACUCAGGUUACUAAAGUCAUCGUGUACAUCGAGGAGACCAACAGCAUGGCUGACGUCACCUUCCCCUCCUUGCCUCAUGUGGUGUCGCUCCUCCAUUACGACCACGUCGCCAGGACACCAGACAACCUCCGCCCACCAGCCGGCUACCCUGUCGUCUGUGUGACAGCGUGCAACACCAAGUACCCGGACUACGACAAGACGGGCUCGAUCUGCGUCAGCGAGCACAUCAACAACACCUUGACCCGCUACCGCUGGCUCAUCAGCGCCCCGGCCGGCCCGGACGGCGUCACCAGCCCCAUGAGGGAGGUGGACUUUGACACUUUCUUCACCUCCUCCAAGAGGAUCACGCUGGACUCGGUCUACUUCCAGGCCGGCUCCCGGGUCCAGUGCGCUGCCAGGGCUGUGAACUCCAAUGGGGACGAAGGUUUGGAGCUCAGCAGCCCCAUCGUCGCUGUCAGCCAGGAGGAAGGAAUGUGUCAACCACGUAAGAUGGGGACGGUUGGCGCCGAGCCCUUCUCCGCCAAGCUGCGCUACACGGGCACCGACGACCCGCAGCACCCCAACCUCAUCAGAGUGACGGUUACCAUGCCUCACAUCGAUGGCAUGCUCCCGGUCAUCUCCACUCGGCCGCUCAUGAACUUUGACCUGACUCUCAGCCCGGACGGAACCCGCGUGGGAAACCACCGCUGCUCCAACCUGCUGGACCACAGCGAGGUCACCACCGGCCACGGCUUCAUCACGGCCUCCACGGGCAGCCCCGAGAGCAUGGGCGACACGGCGCCCUACCAGUUCAGCGGCGCCCUGCGCGGGAACAGCACGCUGCGCUUCUACAGGAACCUCAACCUGGAGGCGUGUCUCUGGGAGUUCACCAGCUACUACCACAUGUCCGAGCUGCUCACCGACUGCGGAGGCACCAUAGGGACUGAUGGACAGGUGCUGAACCUGGUCCAGUCCUACGUGACCCUGCGUGUUCCUCUCUACGUGUCCUACGUGUUCCACUCGCCCGUGGGAACCGGCGGCUGGCAGCACUUCGACCUGCAGUCCGAGCUGAGACUCACGUUUGUGUACGACACGGCUAUUCUGUGGAAGGACGGCAUCGGAAGCCCCCCCCAGGCCGAUCUGCAGGGUGCCUUGUACCCGACCAGCAUGCGGAUCAAUGAGCAGGGGCGUCUGGUGGUGAACUUCCGCACCAAGGCUCGUUUCAGGGGUCUGUUUGUGGAGUCUCACUCUGGAGGCAGGAUCAGAAGAGCUGGAGCCUCCACGUCAUCCAUGGUGAUGAGUGUGGACCACCCCGGCCUGACUUUCAACCUCACAUUAGUGAGGAGUGAGCCCACCUACAACCAGCCCGUCCAGCAGUGGACCUUCACAUCAGACUUUGCUGUGAGAGAUUACUCCGGGACCUUCACAGUGAAGCUGAUCCCCUGCACCACAGCACAGAACAUGGAGUACACGGUUCCACCUGUUUGCAGUCCCAGAGAACCCGUGACCUUCGACCUCGACAUCAGGUUCCAGCAAGUGAGCGACCCGGUUGCUGUAGAAUUCAGUUUGAACACUCAGUUGUUCCUGUUGUCCAAGAGAAGCCUGUGGCUCUCCGACGGCUCCACAGGUUUCGGUCAGGAGAGCGACGUGGCCUUUUCCGAGGGUGAUACGGUGUACGGCCGGGUGAUGGUCGACCCCGUGCAGAACCUGGGAGACUCGUUCUUCUGCAGCAUCGAGAAGGUUUUCCUCUGCACCGGUGCAGAUGGAUACGUCCCAAAGUACAAUCCCACCAAGUUUGAAUUUGGCUGCCUGGCUGACUCUCCGUCGCUGCUUUAUAGAUUCAAGAUUCUUGACAAGGCUCAGCCGGAGACUCAGGCCCGAGUGUUUGGUGACGUGAGUUUUAACGCGGCGCUGGCAGUGGACGACCCGUCGGCCUUGUCCCUCGUCAGGCAGCCGGGGUCCGAUGGCUUCAGACUGGACUCUACAGCCAUGUUUCAGGUUGCCGCAGGCCGCGAGUGGUACAUUCACACCAUCUACACAGUCCGAUCCAAGGAGAGCGCUAACAGAGGAAUCGGGAAGCGCAGCCUCGAGUACCACUCCAUGGUUUCCUCCAGCAGCGACCUGACCUCGAGUGUCAAAGGUCACCGCUCCAGGAGGUCAGCCGGCGACGAGAUCCCAGAGGUCGCCGAGGAUAUCGGAGCCGACGACAACCGCGGCACCAACAUCAUGCACAUGGCUCUGGACCGCACCAAGCGGCGGGCGGCGGGGGUGAACCAGAUGUUUGCCAACGGGCUGGAACCCAGCGAGCUGAACGCGGAGGAGGAAGAGGAGGGUCUGCUGACUGUGGUGGGGGCGCUGGUGGGCGUGCUGCUGACGGCGCUCGUCGUGGUCAGCGUGGUACUCGUGCUGCGAUCCAGACAGAAGGACGUGAAGGAGGGAUGGAGGGAGGGGGUGCAGGAGGUGGUGAAGGGGUCGGUGAGCACGGAGCCCAUGCUGGUGGUGAGGAUGCAGGACUGCCACAACAGCUCAGAGGUCUGA